AUGCCGGUGCAAGAUUCUGUAGACAUGUCGGCCGCCUGGUUGGCCCACGCGCCGCCUCCCCCGCCGCCCAACACCGACGUUCGAAAGCCUCGUCGAAGCUCCUCCUACGAGCCCAUGUCGGCCAAGUCCGCAAGCCAAAUGAACGACACUCACACGCGCGGUGGUUAUCUUCCUCCCAGCUCGCAUUCUCCCGAGCCACCACGUCAACGCAGAACAUCCGUCGAGGAGCUCAGAAGCGCCGCUGCCUCAUCUUCGACGCCGUCCUCGCCGGUCAAGCGUGCGCGGUCCAAGGUCGCUUCUAACCCGGUGCCCCCUGCACCGAGUGCCUUUUACAACUACCAACACCAGCUUCAGCAGCAGCAAAUGCAUCGCCAGAGAGAGCAAUCGGCUCCCACUCCUUCUCAGGCUCCGCAACCCUCAGCACACGAGGUCGCCUAUUCGCAGCCACAGACAUACCCUCAGCCACCGCCGCAAUCCGUCGCCAUGACAUACAGCCACUCGGACGCCGCAUCCGCCCCAGUUCAUCAGGGAUACGCAAGGGAACGUCGUGACAGUGCUCCAGCAUCCACAUUCGCCAACACGCAGCCGCCUUACAAUGCUCCCUAUCCGCCGCAGCACCCUCAACACGUCUCUGCCGCUUCGCCCGUCUAUACCUCGCCCUACGCAACCAUGUCGGGUCCACCAGUGACCGCUCAACCCUAUGCGGCUCCGGCUCCUGGCAGCUACG